GUCUGUUUCUGUCCACAAGUUCAGUGUCAAUCCCUCCCCCUACAAUGGAUGCAUCAGUGGUCUACGCUGACUUAAACCUAGCCAGGACCCAAGAGCCUAAGCAGGCAUCCCCUCCACCUGCUCCCCCAGACACCUGCCGGUGCCCACGCUGGCAUCGGUUGGCUCUGAAACUCGGCUGUGUUGGGCUGAUCCUUCUUGUCCUGACUGUGAUUGGACUCGGUGUCUUAGUGUUAGUACAAAAAACACACCUAGGAAAAGGCAUUCAAGAGAACAAGACGAAAACAACAGGCGAAAAAUGCAAUGUGAACGUUUCAGAGAGCAGUACAAAAGCAACAGAGAGUCCAGUUCAGCUAAAGUGCCCCAAAGACUGGCUGCCACACCGAGAUAAAUGCAUACAGUUUUCUCAAGAGAAUGGUGUUUGGAAGGAUGGUCUAUCUAACUGUACUAGCAAAGGAGCCACUUUGCUGCUCAUUCACGAUCAAGAAGAACUGAGAUUCAUAAAGGAUUCAAUAGAGGAAAAAGGCAAUUCAUUUUGGAUUGGACUAAAUUACUCAUUGCCAGACAAGAACUGGAGAUGGAUAAACGGCUCCACUUUAAGCUCUGAUGUAUUGAAAAUUACUGGUGAAACUAAAAUAAACAGCUGUGUUGUCGUCUCAAAGGACAACGUGAUUUCUGAGGGCUGUGAUUCAGACAACAGGUGGAUCUGCCAGAAGGAACAAAAACAUCUCUGAAACCUUGUGUAAAUGACUCCUGCCUGCGAAUCCCAUCUCAAUAACUUUACCAUACAGAUCUCUGCACUCACUCUGUCUAGGCUGCCAGCCCUCCCAGUGUACAGCAAAUCACUGUGAUUCUUCCAGAUGCCCCUGUCAGAUUUCUUUAUUCUGUAAAGGGGACAAAAUGCUGAUGUGCCCCUUCUAAGAGAGUUGUUCUGUGGAAAGAAGCCCAGACAAGCUGAGGGGCACUGGAUUCUAACUGUGGAGUCUCUGUGACCUUCGCUGGUCUCUCUAUUCCUGACAUCAUCUGCAGAAAACUGCAGAGUCCUCUUCUCUUCAUCCCAUCAUGCCAAGCCAGCACACACUGAUGAAAACCUUUGCUCUUGACUGACACCAGAAGCCCAUGGUUAAGAGACUUGGGGAAGGGCCUGACAGUGGUUUGAGUGGCACCUACAAAAGCCUAGGUAAACAGAGCUCUGGUCAUGUGAUGUCCCCACCAGGACAUGAUGCACCAGCAGAACCUGGGCCAAUGCUGGCAUCUUGGUGUUGAGUUUCACAGCUCCAGAACUGGCAGAGAUGAGCUUCUUUCUUACCAGGGAAGCAAUCAAAGGGACUAUGGCUGUGUCUUGGUUGCUGUGUCUCCUGAUGUUGCAAUGCUCCUUUUUGGGCAGAGACCUUUGAAGCUGCAGCUGGGCUUCUCCUGCCAUGUAAGAAACUAAGGCACCAGGGGACUUUCCCAAUAACCAUAAAUCCCACCAACGAUUGUGCUGACGAGCAGGCAAGGGAUAACUGUGUGGCCAUCUUGGCCCUGGAACAAUUUCAGCCGAGUAAGACAAAUGAAGCUGGCUCCCAAAGGGAGGACCUUGAUAUUGGUUCAAGAGAGAGGGAACCAUCAGGAACUUAGAAAUCCUCCACCACGUAGAGCCCAGUGGGCUGCCACCCACCUCCAGUCUAGCCUGCUUUGAUAUUGUUCUGGAGUUUGUUAUUGCUUUGAGUUCCUUUGCUUUGCU